AUGCAAAAGGCCAUCGCUGUCACCAGACUCAACUCCCCUGCCGUUCUAGUGGAAAGACCGAUUCCCAACCCAGAGGAAAAUCAACUUCUGGUCCAGGUGACGGCUACAGGCUUAAAUCCUCUUGAUCAGAAAACGCGGGAUGUCGGCUUGUUCUUCAAAGGGCCCGCUCAAGUCCUGGGUCACGAGCUUGCAGGGGUUGUGGUCAGGCGUGGUGCAGGAACGAAGGCAUCGCAGUUUGCAGUGGGUGAGCACAUAUUUGCUCAUGUGAACUUUGUCCCUGGCGAAGAGCUCAAAGACUGUGGCGGUCUUCAACAAUUCGCCUUGGUCGAUGCCCGAUUUGCCGCCAGGGUCGCAGGCACGGGUCUGUCGGAUGAAGAGGCCGCUGGCAUUCCCGUCUGCGCCAUAGCAUCUUUCAUCGCUAUGUUCCAUUCGACUGGUUUAGGCCUGCCGUUACCAUCGGCCGUCGAUGAUGUUAGUGCAGACUUUAAGAAUCAUGCUAUCCUUAUUGUCGGCGGGGGAUCAAAUUGCGGCCGAUAUGCUGUUCAACUUGCUCGCAUGCUCGGCUUCGGAAUGAUCGUCACCGUUGCCUCUUCACGGAAUACCACAGAGUUGAAAGGUAUGGGCGCAACGCAUGUGAUUGAUCGUUAUGCUAGCCACGACGAGAUUCUACGCCAGAUACGAGAUGUCACAGGUGACGAGCUUAUCUAUGCGCUCGACACGGUAAAUUUAGGGCCCGCCCAGAACCUCGGCCUCGCGGCGCUGUCAAACACCCGGAAGGGUUGCCUCAUCACGCUGAACCCAGUGGAUGAGACUGAGACGGACAAAGCGCUGAUUGAGAAAAAGGCAGCUGGCUACGACAGACGGCUGACUUUCGGGUUCAGCGCGUUGUAUCCGGAGGUGUCGAUGGUGUUCUGGGAGAAUGUGGUGGGUUGGCUGCAGGCUGGGCACCUUCGUUCACUGAGGUGCGAAUUCAUUGAGGGGGCUGGUCCUGACAGGAUUAACGCGGCAUUGGAUGGCUACAGAGACGGCCACGGGCAGAAGAUAGUUGUGAGUCUAUGA